AUGUCAAUGGCGCUAACCGUUGGGCCUCUGUCUGUUCCUCGAAGUGGUGGAAUUUCUGGGACUAGGAGAAGCAUAUGCAAGAAGAAUCAUCACUGGUUUGGUUUCAAUUUGCGAUACGGAUCGGUUUUAGGGAGAGGACGUCUUGUGCAACCCAACAAUAUUUGCUGCUCAUUUAGCACAGACAAGGAUCCUCUCUCACCAUCUAUCCAGCAAUUAACCGAUGCUCGUAUCAUUUAUAGUGUAUCUCCAGCAUUGGGUCAUAACAAGGAAUCACAUCCGGAAUGCAGCGCAAGAGUUCCUGCCAUUGUUACCGCUCUUGAGAAGAAUGAGCUCACUCCUAAGUUCCGUGGCUCACAGAUUCUUGAACUUGCAAAUUUCAAGACUGCGACUAUAGAAGACAUUGCAAGUGUUCACGAAAAGGCUUAUGUCUUUGGCCUAGAGAAGGCAAUGGAGGAAGCUUCAGAUUCAGGACUAAUUUUCAUCGAAGGUUCUGGACCAACAUAUGCCACUUCAACUACAUUCCAAGACUCACUUAUCGCAGCAGGAGCUGGAAUGGCUUUAGUUGAUUCAGUGGUCGCAGCAUCAAGAAACACCCUUGACCCUCCAACUGGCUUUGCAUUGAUAAGACCUCCAGGACACCACGCCGUGCCUAAAGGUCCAAUGGGUUUCUGCGUUUUCGGCAAUGUGGCAAUCGCAGCUCGUCAUGCUCAACGAGCACACGGCCUGAAGCGUGUCUUCAUUAUUGACUUCGAUGUUCACCACGGGAAUGGCACUAAUGAUGCAUUUACAGAGGAUCCUGAUAUAUUCUUCUUGUCAACUCAUCAGGAUGGAAGCUACCCUGGAACAGGGAAAAUGAGUGACACAGGCAAAGGAAAAGGAGAAGGUACCACUCUAAAUCUACCUUUACCUGGAGGAUCAGGUGAUGUUGCAAUGAGAACAGCUUUUGAAGAAAUCAUUGUUCCAUGUGUUCAACGGUUCAAGCCUGAUCUUAUUCUUGUUUCUGCUGGGUAUGAUGCUCAUGUACUGGAUCCACUAGCAAACCUACAGUUCACGACAGGGACAUACUACUCAUUGGCGAAAGAUAUAAAGCGGUUAGCGAAAGAAGUAUGCGGAGGGCGUUGUGUUUUCUUCUUGGAAGGAGGAUAUAAUCUUGAUUCCUUAUCGUCAUCUGUGGCAGACUCGUUUAGAGCACUUCUUGGGGAAGAAAGCUUGGCUUCAGAGUUUGAUAACCCUGCUUACUUGUAUGAUGAGCCCAUGAGAAAAGUGCGAGCAGCAAUUGACACAGCCAAAAGCAUUCAUUGCUUGUAA